GCAAAUGAUCGGGGACCGGUGAACUGCAGGCAGCCGGUGCUGGUGCCUGGAAGUAGAUUUCCAUCUUUCAGACUCUAGUUCCAAUGGGCCGGGUGUUCUGGAAGGGGGUGGCGGGAGGAAGGAGGAUGCUGUGAGCAGAGUUCUUGAAGCUCCACUCCUCUGGGGAAGCCGGGCUGUGUGGGAGCCGUCCCCGCUGAGCGGACUGUGGGACUGGAAAGGAUCCGGAGAGCCGGCCGGUCCCAGCUCCGCUCCGGCAAAGCAGCCGCUCUCGCUCCAGAGAUGCGCCCAGCCUGCGCCUGCAUCACACUGCAUUCUUUAACACAUUAUUGAAACUCCAAACAUCCACAGCAGUUUCAUGUGGACAGUUUGCAUAUUUUGAAAGCUUAAGGUAUUUUAUCAUGAAUCAUGCCGUGUGGAAUCUUUGAAGCAUAGAGCUCUGCCCAACACCUGAGUGAAGAAUCCCUCACCUGGCAUGUGAGAGAGCUCCUCACCACCACCAUGACAAACCAGGAAAAAUGGGCCCACCUCAGCCCUUCAGAAUUUUCUCAGCUUCAGAAAUAUGCUGAGUAUUCUACAAAGAAGUUAAAGGAUGUUCUUGAAGAAUUCCAUGGUAAUGGUGUGCUUGCAAAGUAUAAUCCUGAAGGGACGAUAGAUUUUGAAGGUUUCAAACUAUUCAUGAAGACAUUCCUGGAAGCAGAGCUUCCUGAUGAUUUCACUGCACACCUUUUCAUGUCAUUUAGCAACAAGUUUCCUCAUUCUAGUCCAAUGGUAAAAAGUAAGCCUGCUCUCCUUUCUGGUGGUCUGAGAAUGAAUAAAGGUGCCAUCACCCCUCCCCGUACUUCUCCUGCGAAUACGUGUUCCCCAGAAGUAAUCCACUUGAAGGACAUUGUCUGUUACCUGUCUCUCCUGGAAAGAGGAAGACCUGAGGAUAAGCUUGAGUUUAUGUUUCGCCUUUAUGACACGGAUGGGAAUGGCUUCCUGGACAGCUCGGAGCUAGAAAAUAUCAUCAGUCAGAUGAUGCAUGUUGCAGAGUACCUUGAAUGGGAUGUCACUGAACUUAAUCCAAUCCUCCAUGAAAUGAUGGAGGAAAUUGACUAUGAUCAUGAUGGAACGGUGUCUCUGGAGGAAUGGAUUCAAGGAGGAAUGACAACAAUUCCACUUCUUGUGCUCCUGGGCUUGGAAAAUAACGUGAAGGAUGAUGGACAGCACGUGUGGCGACUCAAGCACUUUAACAAACCUGCCUACUGCAACCUGUGCCUGAACAUGCUGAUUGGCGUGGGGAAGCAGGGCCUCUGCUGUUCCUUCUGCAAGUACACAGUCCAUGAACGCUGUGUGGCUAGAGCACCUCCCUCUUGCAUCAAGACCUAUGUGAAGUCCAAAAAGAACACUGAUGUCAUGCAUCACUACUGGGUUGAAGGCAACUGCCCAACCAAGUGUGAUAAGUGCCACAAAACGGUUAAAUGUUACCAGGGCCUGACAGGACUGCAUUGUGUUUGGUGUCAGAUCACAUUGCAUAAUAAAUGUGCUUCUCAUCUAAAACCUGAAUGUGACUGUGGACCUUUGAAGGACCAUAUUUUACCUCCCACAACAAUCUGUCCAGUGGUACUGGAAAGGCAAUCAACAGUGAAAAAAGAAAAGAGUGGUUCCCAGCAGGCAAAUAAAGUGACCGACAAGAACAAAAUGCAAAGAGCCAACUCUGUUACUGUGGAUGGACAAGGCUUACAGAUCACUCCUGUUCCCGGUACUCACCCGCUUUUAGUUUUUGUGAACCCCAAAAGUGGUGGGAAGCAAGGAGAACGAAUUUACAGAAAAUUCCAGUAUCUACUAAAUCCUCGUCAGGUUUACAGUCUUGCUGGACAUGGACCAAUGCCAGGGUUAAACUUUUUCCGAGAUGUUCCUGACUUCAGAGUGUUAGCUUGUGGUGGAGAUGGAACCGUGGGCUGGAUUUUGGAUUGCAUAGAAAAGGCCAAUGUAGGCAAGCAUCCUCCAGUCGCAAUUCUGCCUCUUGGGACCGGCAAUGAUCUAGCAAGAUGCCUGCGAUGGGGAGGAGGUUAUGAAGGUGAGAAUCUGAUGAAAAUCCUAAAAGACAUUGAAAACAGCACAGAAAUAAUGUUGGACAGGUGGAAAUUUGAAGUCAUACCUAAUGACAAAGAUGAGAAGGGAGACCCAGUGCCUUACAGUAUCAUCAAUAAUUACUUUUCCAUUGGCGUGGAUGCUUCCAUUGCGCACAGAUUUCACAUCAUGAGAGAAAAACACCCAGAGAAAUUCAACAGUAGAAUGAAGAACAAAUUUUGGUAUUUUGAGUUUGGCACAUCUGAAACUUUCUCAGCCACCUGCAAGAAGCUACAUGAAUCUGUAGAAAUAGAAUGUGAUGGAGUCCAGAUAGAUUUAAUAAACAUCUCUCUGGAAGGAAUUGCUAUUUUGAAUAUACCCAGCAUGCAUGGAGGAUCCAAUCUUUGGGGAGAGUCUAAGAAAAGACGAAGCCAUCGCAGAAUAGAGAAAAAAGGGUCCGACAAAAGGACUACCCUCACAGAUGCCAAAGAGUUGAAGUUUGCAAGUCAAGAUCUGAGUGACCAGCUGCUGGAGGUGGUUGGCUUGGAAGGAGCCAUGGAGAUGGGGCAAAUAUACACAGGACUGAAAAGUGCUGGCCGGCGACUGGCUCAGUGCUCCUGCGUGGUCAUCAGGACUAGCAAGUCUCUGCCAAUGCAGAUCGAUGGGGAACCGUGGAUGCAGACGCCAUGCACAAUAAAAAUUACACACAAGAACCAGGCUCCAAUGCUGAUGGGACCUCCUCCAAAAACCGGGUUAUUCUGCUCUCUCGUCAAAAGGACAAGAAACCGAAGCAAGGAAUAGUUCUGUAUCGUUUUGUUCUUAGAAAUCUAAAUAGCAUAAUUGGGCCAUGGAACACUUAUGCUGGAAAUCUUUGAACCAUUUCAAGUCUCCUGCUCAUGCAAAAUUAUAGAAUUGGUUUAACAGUUUUUGUUACUAAGCUAAUGUAAAAUUCAGCUAUUAGAAAAUUUAUUGUCUCAGUUUUUAUAGGAAUCUUUGCAUGAAGAAAGCAGAAGUUUACAUGAAGUGAUAUUGCAUAUUUUUGUUGCAUGCAUUCCCAUUGAUUUUUAUGUCUCCAACCCAUCUCCUCCCCAAUUUCCAUUUACUACCCUGUGAGAAAAACUUAUGAAACAUGAAAAAGGAAAUACCAUGGGAAAUGUGAUUCUCAGUUUGAUUCCAAUUAUUACUAAGCACUAAUCAGUAAUGCUACAAUGACCAUAAUUGCAGAUUGCUAUACUUUUCCCUUUUAAUCAGUGUAUCAAUGACCUUUGACCUGUGACUUGAAGAGAAACUUUUAAUUCAAAUGUUUUAUUACAUAGUUGUCUACGUACGAUACCUUGCUAUAUAUAAAU